AUGUCUGUGUUUGUUGCUAAAGUGAAAAAUGUUAUAAGUGCUGACACUGUUAUACUUGUGCCAUCCAAAACUGCCCAAGUGCCUGCACCAGAAAGAAUGUUAACCCUCUCAUAUGUUCGUGGUGAUAGUUUUGAAGCUAAGGAAGCUUUGAGAACUCUCAUCAUUGGUAAGGAUGUUAAAUUCAAGGUUUUAUUCAAGAUUCCAAGUGGUAAGGAAUUUGGUGAUAUUCAAACUCCAAUUUUCAAGUCAUUGGUUGAAUACGGUUUAGAAAAGGGUUGGUUUAAGUUGAAGGAUAACAACGAUGAUUCCGACUAUCUUGAAGAUGUUCUCAAGCCAAUUGAAGCCAAGGCUAGAGCUUCACAGGUUGGUGUUUGGGCUACUAGUUCCAAUGCUCACACUGCAGUCGAAGUCAAUGACGAUAUAAUUGAAAAGUCUCAAAAGUCUCCAAUCACCACUAUUAUUGAAAAAGUUAUCAGUGGAGACCGUGUCAUUGCACGUAUUAUUCUUAACAAACUGCAAUAUAUCUCCACUCCUUUGCUUCUUGCUGGUUAUAAGUCUCCUAGAACUGAUGAUGCCACUCAAUCUGCAUCCCUUACCAAGGUGGCUCACCAAGCUAAGGAAUUUGUUGAAUCUAAACUCUUGACUACCACUGCAGCUCUCAAGACUCGUAUUGUUGGAUUAAGUCAAUCCGGUUUGCCAAUUGCAAUCAUUGAACAUCCUUCUGGAAAUAAUAUUCAUGAAAAAUUGCUUGAAAAUGGUUUGGGUGAAAUUGUUGAUUGGCAAUCUUCCUUGAUUGGUUCAUCCAUAAUGGGUCAAUUGAGAAAGGCUGAACAAACUGCAAAGGCUUUGGGAAGAGGUAUUUAUGCUGGAAAUGCCCCAAAGCCCGUAGCUUCUACCUCAUCCAAUGGGAAGCAAGUUUCUUUGAAGUCAUUAAGACCGGGUGCUUCUCUUGAAGGUCUCACAGUUGCCAAAGUUGUCACUGCCGAUACCUUGGUGCUUCGUCUCCCUUCCGAUGAAGAAUUUACCGUUCAAUUGGCUUCGUUAAGAGCUCCAAGACAAAACGAUAGUACAUUGACUACUAACCCACAAGAAAAGAUUGCCUUGGUCAAUUCUGCUCGUGAAUAUGUUCGUCAUCAAGCUAUUGGUAAGACUUGUUCUGUGUACAUCGAUGGACUUAGAAGUGCCAAUAAGGACUUGGGUUUUGAAGAAAGAUUCCUUGUUAGUGUUAAAAUCAAUGGUAAGGACUUAUCAGAAACCAUAAUUCAAAAUGGAUGGGCUACUGUUAUCAAGCAUAAUAAGGCUACCUCUCAUGAAAGAUCUUUGAACUGGGAUAAGCUUGUAGAAUUGGAACAAGAACAAGAAAAAUUGGGUAAGAAAGGUGUAUACUUCAAAGGUGGUGACAUUUCCAAGGUUUUGACUGUUGGUACCAGAGUAGUUGAUGCUUCUGAAAACUUGACCAAGGCUAAGACUUUCUUUAAUGGAUUCAAGCAAAAGGGUAGAAUUUCUGGAGGUUAUUUUGUUGAAUUUAUUCCUUCGAUGAACAGAGUUAAAUUGUUCAAUCCAAAGGAAGGUUUGAAGUUAACUUUAAUUUUGGGUGGAUUAACCAACUCAAGAUCAGAAGCUGAUCAAAAUGCUGAAGAAGGUUUGAAGUUUAUGAACAAGAAGUUCUUGCAAAGAAGUGUAGAAUUCGAAGUGUAUGACCAAGAUAAAGUUGGUGGAUACAUUGGUAAUUUGUUUGCUAAUUCCAAGAGUUUAGCACCAGUGCAAGUUACUUUGUUGGAACAAGGUUUAACUAGUGUUCAUGAAAUUGCUGUUAACUCUAACAACUAUGCUAAUGAAUUGACCAAGGCUGAAGACUUGGCUAAAUCCCAACAUAAGGGAAUUUGGGCCAACUAUGAUGCUAGUAAGGUUCAAGCUGAGAUUAGUGAUGCUAAUGCUAAGAUGGCUCAAUUAAGUGUAGAAGCAUCCAAACCUAAAUUUUUCGAUAUUGAGGUCACUGAUAUUGAUGACGAAGGUAUUAUUAGUUUCCAGCUCUUGGACCAAGCCAACAAGUCUAAACUUGACUUGUUCAAGAGACAAUUUGCUGAAUUUCAUGCUCAAAUCCCAAGUGCUAGUAACACUUCUGUUGAUUUGCCACACAACUUAAACAAGGCUCCAAAGAAGAAUGAUCUUGUUUCUGCCAAAUCCGCUGAUAAUGGUAAAUAUUACCGUGCAAAGGUGGCCUCUUAUGACAAGGCUACUGGUAAAUACGAAGUUAAGUACAUUGACUUUGGUAAUGUUGACUUUGUUCCAUUGUCCCAAUUACGUUUAUUGCCAGCCAAGUUCGGACUUCAAUCUUACGCACCAUUUGCUCACACUUGUGUUUUGCAAAACAUCAGAUUGCCUCCUACAAAGCCUACUGAUUACCUUACAGAAGCUUUAUAUUCUCUUGAAGACCUCUGUUAUGACAGAAAGCUUGUUAUUAGUGCUCUUCCACAUAGUGGUUCUAUUGAUUACACCGCCGUUCUUUACGAUUCUGAAGAAUCUUUGAAGGACCCAAGCUACACUAUUAAUAAAGAAUUGGUAAGCAAGGGUUGGGGUGUUCUUGAUAUAAGAAAGGCUUCUGCUGUUUCUCGUGACUACGAUCAAGAGAUCCUUGCCGCUCAAAAGGUCGCAAGAUCCAGACAUCUUGGAUGUUGGGAAUUUGGUGACAUUACUUUUGACGAUGAUCUUGAAUAA